AGUUACUAAGUUAGAAUACUAGUGACACUGGGAAAGAUAUUGGUCGCUAUUUGGUUACUUACUAAUAUCUUUUUUAAAGUAUUAGUAACAUUAAAAUAAAUAUAACUUUGGUUUACACACAACAGCUUUAUGUUAAAACUGCUUGCCAUACACACGGCCACGCCGGAGAGGGAGCGGUUACGCUGGCACGCACGGUCUAUGAACGCGCACAGGUAGAUUUCUAUAAUCAGAGUUCAGGUAACCUGGAAAUCACAGCUGCUGGACUCGAGGUAGCACAUUUAAAGCGGUAUUCACCAAUAUGUCUGUCCGAUCAAGACCUGGUUAUUAUCGCCAGGAGGUGAAUAAAACCUUUUGGGAAGUGCCGGAGAGAUACAGAGAUCUGAAACAGGUGGGGACGGGGGCAUAUGGUACAGUAUGCUAUGCAUUUGACCGGAGGACAGGGGCAAAGGUGGCCAUCAAGAAACUCCAUCGUCCCUUCCAGUCUGACCUGUUUGCCAAAAGAGCUUAUCGGGAGCUCAGGCUGCUCAAACACAUGAAGCAUGAUAAUGUUAUUGGGCUCCUGGAUGUUUUCACUGCAGACCUUUCUCUAGACAGAUUCCAUGACUUUUACUUGGUCAUGCCUUUCAUGGGUACUGAUCUAGGAAAGUUAAUGAAAAUGGAGAGACUAUCAGAGGACAGGGUCCAGUAUCUGGUCUACCAAAUAUUAAGAGGACUCAAAUAUAUCCAUGCUGCUGGAAUCAUUCACAGGGAUCUCAAACCAGGCAAUCUGGCAAUAAAUGAGGAGUGUGAGCUUAAGAUCCUGGAUUUUGGUCUAGCUCGGCAAGCAGACAGUGAAAUGACGGGCUAUGUUGUGACACGUUGGUACAGAGCGCCUGAGGUCAUUCUUAGCUGGAUGCAUUACACACAAACUGUGGACAUCUGGUCAGUCGGCUGCAUCAUGGCAGAGAUGCUGCUAGGGAAACCACUUUUCAAAGGAAAUGACCACCUGGAUCAGCUGAUGGAGAUCAUGAAGAUUACAGGGACGCCCACAAAAGAGUUCACAGCCAAACUCCAGUCUGAAGAUGCUAGAAACUACAUAGCAAAGUUACCAAAACUUAAAAAGAAAGAUCUUCGGACAUUGUUACCAAAUGUUAACCCACAAGCGAUUCAUGUGUUAGAGAGCAUGUUGCUCCUGGACCCUGAAAGUAGAAUAACAGCAGCAGAAGGACUGGCGCUUCCUUUCUUCUCAGAUUUUCGUGAACCAGAGGAGGAGACAGAGGCCCCACCGUAUGACCAUUCACUGGAUGAGGCUGAGCAGUCAUUGGAGAAAUGGAAAAAACUCACCUUCACUGAAAUUCUGACCUUUCAUCCAGCCCCAGCGGUGACAGAAUCUAAAGAGACGGCUCUCUGAGAUAAUUAUUUUUACAUCAUCAAGGCUUUACAUUUUCUUUGUACUUUCUGUCAUAUACAGACUUUGAACUAUUUUUGUGAGUGAGUGUGCUGUUUAUUUUAAGCUAAUCAUCCUGUUGUUUGCUAGUGUUUGGCACAGUUCAACUAGGCACAACUGAACUAUUGGCAUACUCUUUUCAGGUUUUUGCCAAACCCCACACCCAAAUACUCAAAAGUAUUAAUUUUACAUUUUAAAAAAUGUCCAGAAAAAUCACAUUAAAUUUUUUUGGUAUUAUAUUUUUAAAUCAGGUUUACAGAAGAGAAAAGUAGAAUGAAAUAAAAUAUAAUUUGAUACA